GAUAAUCAAUCCGAUCUCAGCUGAAGUAAAAAUUAAAUUGAACAAUCAACUGGAUACAACUGGUUCACUUUGUACAACGGAGGCGGUGCACUGAACGAGUGGAGCGUAUUGAACGACAGUGAAUAAUAAACAAUAGUUUCCACGUUAUCUUUAAUUAAAAUGAACAUCAUCAAAUUGUUCGGAGAAUUCAAUUUUUUUUCCUGUUUCUGUUGAUUUUUCAGAUUAUUUUUUUGUUUGUGUUUUCGCAAUUGUUUACAUUCGACGCGCCGCGAGCCCAGUCAAUUAAUGCCAAAAAGACGUAAAAUGUGAAUUCGUGCCGCAUUUCUCUAUUCAAUCGACACUUUCAUUGACAACAAACGACUCAAUUGGUGGUGGGCUGUAUUUGGAUUAGGCAAAUAUUUGCCUAAGAGGUGAUGAGCGAUUUCGACCGAGAGAGUUUCCUUGGGAGAUGGUACGAGAUUGAACGUUACUUUGCCGUAUCAGAAUUGGCAUCGCGCUGUGUGUCUGUUACGUACGAGCGACGUGCUGAUGGCAAAAUCUACGUGAGCAACGAAAUGACGAAUCGAUUCACAAACGUCCAACGAAUUGUAUCUGGAGUUAUAAAUCAAACGGCAAAAAGUGAUGAGGCUUCGUUCACAGUCAAAUACACUGGAUUGCCGGUUAAUUAUGACACAACUCUUCACAUCCUUGAUACAGAUUAUGAUUCAUUUGCAGUCGUUUGGUCUUGUAACGCAUUGGCCGGUCCCGUUGGACACACCGAAUCCGUAUGGAUUUUAGCUCGACAGAGAAUUCCAGAUGAGCAAGAGUUGCAAACGGCUUACGGUGUUCUGGACAAAUUUAAAAUAUCGCGAACAUUCUUUGUGAAAACUGAUCAAACCAACUGCGAGAAAGAGGGUGAGCCAAUUGACACUGGGUACGAUAGUGUUGCUGAAGACGAGGUAGAGGUGAACAACCAAUAUGGGCAUGAAAAUCCACAAAUUCAUCAAGUGCAACAUAUAGCUCACGUUGAAAAUUUACAACAAUUUUCGCCAGCAUAUCCAGUGCAACCCAUCUACCGUCCACACAUUCAUAACCACGGCCAACCGGUUUAUUUCAAACAAAAUGAUGUUCCAACCGAAAAAAGUGCGGGAAAUACCGUUGAGACGGAGAACAAAAUAACCGAAACCAAGACGAUUGAGACCAAAACCGAACAAGGCGAGAAAAUAACGAAAACAGAACAGCCCGCAAAGAUAGAGAAAACGGAACUGGCAGAGAAAUCGGACACAAUUGAAUCAUCAACAAAACUACCAGCUUCAAUAAUUGAGAUUCUUGGUGUCAAUCCUACAGCCAAGAUAUAAAAUAGAAAAAAGAAAAUAUUUUUAUUCAUUAAGAAAUGCAAACCAUUGUCAAUUUCAAUUCCUAUCGCUAAAUAUCAUCAUUCCUAAAUCAAUAUCAUUUGCUCAUCAUAAAACUAUUUAUUUAUUUAUUUUGAAUGCAAUUUUUGUAACGAAUAAAACGAUUAAAUAAAAUAA